GGGAGUUUAACAAAGUAUCACCAGUGGCGUUUCUUCUUUAUGAGAGUCAACUGACACCGAGGAUCAAGUGAACUUGUUGCUUGCUUUAUAAGCAUGUCAUUCUUUGUCGUAUCCUAAAUGUCAGAGGAAAGAUCCAGAUAUCAUUGUAUCACAAAGGACACGCAAGCGUUGUCAUCGCUGUUAUAAGCAUACAACACUCGAAACCCAGUAAAAAUAAAAUUGUGGUUGACGUGUUGUGCAAUAUUUAAGCAAAAAUCGAUGCAUGGAAGGUCGAAGCGCGGACGCAUAGGUUUACGACUUGGUUUGAUCAAAGCGACAGUGAGCAAGAGACACGGGCACUGCAGUCUCCGUCUUGUGCUCGAGUGGUUAAGACCUUUCCUGUUUGAACAUUUCUAUUGUUUUGAAAAAUUAAAUUGAAAUUAUUCAUUUUUGAACGCCUUCAAGAUAUCGAACUCAAAUAACAUUCAAUGAAGACUUUUUCUUUCAUAUUGAGCCUAUUCUUGUUUAGUCUCCUUUUUAAUAGAUUUGAUGCCGCUGCAGUCGGUAAAGGCGCUGUUGGAUCGGGUGGUCGCGGUCGCGGAGGCAUGAAACAAAAAUCGGGUGGCGGUAGAAAAAGUGGAGGUGGUCCUAUUUUAAUCAGCAAAGACAACAGAGUAGGGGGCAAAGAAUCCCUUUUAGAAUCAUCAGCUGGUGAUGCUUAUUACAACAAUCCGAACGGAGCUUCAAUUAAAUAUGCCUCCCAUUUCGAGUCGGAGUACAUCUUAGGCCGCAAACUUUCAUUUUACUGCAAAGCACAGGGAUUACCGCGUCCACGCAUUACAUGGCUAAAAGACGGCAUAGAAUUAUAUGAGCAUCCUUUCUUUCAGGUGCACGAAUUCAACGUGGGAAAAGACCAGAUUACGUCCAAAAUGGAGAUCGAUCCAACUACUCAGCGAGACUCUGGUUAUUACGAAUGUCAGGCAGAUAACAAAUAUGCCGUAGAUAAACGAGGAUUUCGUACUGAUUACACACUUGAUGUAUAUUAAAGACCUUGUUUCGGUUGAAAAAGUUGUGAACACUUUGAAAUUGAGUUUGACUAUUUCUACAUCUAAUUUUCUGUUAAAUCUAAUUAUAUUCUAGUCGAUUUGCAAUAUUUUUCUCUUUCAUGUUAUUCUCCGGAGAGCCAUAUAUAAUACUAGUCAUCUAAUCUAUCGUCUCUUGCUAUUUCUACCAUACCAAUGCCAAUGUCUCUCGUACGUUUCCAGCUUUAUUGAAAAAACCUGACGUGUUCCAACAGUAACUCAUCCGACUACUGACAGCCAGUAAAAACACACUUGGGAAUUUGGCAGCCGUUCUAUGUAUCCAACUGUACCCGUUUAAUUGCCCGUCCAUCGGCCAAUCGGUAUUCGUGUCGCGGUAGUUGGUUAUUUGUCGUUUUAUGUGCACCAAUAAGUUUUCAACUUUUUACUGUUGUCCUUGGGAUUUUACACGCGAUUCUACGUAGGCUACGUCAUUCCCGUUGAAAUACAAUUUACGAAAACAGCCAUAA